AUGGUGUUGGCUAAAUCUAAGAACUCCGUGGGGCUGGGCAACAGCCUCAUGAACGAUCGUUUCGGCAAGGGAAAAGCCUCGAACCAGAAGAAGGCGUCGCACAAUGCCAUUGCGCGCAAGAAUAUGAUGGGUGAAACCUACAUCACCAACGAAGCCCCGGAGGCAUCCUGGGUGAAGAUGCGCUCUAUUACCGAACAAGCCGCGCUCGAUGAGUUCCUCACCACCGCCGAGCUGGCUGGUACCGACUUUACCGCCGAGAAAAUCAACAACGUUAAGAUCAUCCACUCCGAUCAGAAGAACCCAUACCUUCUCUCUGCCUCCGAAGAGAAGAAGGCCGUCAAGAAACACCAGAAGAAUAGGGGUCGGUUGACUGUGCCGAGACGGCCGAAGUGGGACUCGUCAACGACACCGCAACAAUUGGAGAUGAUGGAGCGUGAGAGUCUGUUGGACUGGCGUCGAGGGCUUGCAGAGCUGCAGGAGAAUCAUGAUCUUCUCAUGACUCCGUUUGAGCGUAACUUGGAGGUCUGGCGCCAGUUGUGGCGUGUUAUUGAGCGAUCCGAUCUCGUGGUGCAGAUUGUCGAUGCCCGCAACCCCCUCCAGUUCCGCUCCGAGGACCUGGAGAACUAUGUGAAGGAGAUUGAUUCCAACAAGAAGAACUUGCUGUUGGUUAACAAGGCCGAUAUGUUGACUCUGAAGCAGCGAGAGGCUUGGGCUGAGUACUUUGAGGAGAACAACAUUAACUUCCGUUUCUUCUCGGCUCAACUGGCCAAGGAAAAGAUGGAGGCCGAGAUGCUUAACGAGUCCCAAGAAGAUGACGAACUGGCAGAGUCGACUAAAAAGAUGAACGUGCAAGAUGAAGAUGAGGAUCAGGAGGAGGAAGAGGAAGAAGACGAUGUUGCUGCCAAGCUCGCCGCCGACCCAGACCAAUCCUUGGGACCUCAUAUUCUCGAUGUUGAUGAACUGGAAGAACUCUUCUUGGCCAAUUCUCCAGAGACUCUCCCACAGAGCGAGGGCUCCGAUGCUCCUACUAAGCACAAGACCACCAUUGGUCUGGUCGGUUACCCCAACGUGGGUAAGUCCAGUACCAUCAACGCCCUCCUCGGUGCGAAGAAGGUCUCCGUCUCUGCCACUCCUGGUAAGACCAAGCAUUUCCAGACAUUGUACCUCUCCCCGGAGAUCAUGCUCUGCGAUUGUCCCGGUCUGGUGUUCCCCAACUUCGCCACUACCAAGGCCGACCUGGUCGUGAACGGUGUGCUGCCCAUCGACCAGCAGCGUGAGUUCACCGGUCCUUCCGGCAUUGUGGCACAGCGCAUUCCCAAGCAUUUCGUGGAGAACGUCUAUGGUGUGAAGAUCCGAACCCGUCCUCUGGAGGAGGGCGGUACUGGUAUUCCCACUGCCAGCGAGCUCCUGCGUGCCUAUGCUCGCGCUCGUGGCUUCUCGACCCAGGGUCUGGGCCAGCCCGACGAGUCCCGUGCUGCCCGAUACGUCCUGAAGGACUACGUAAACGGCAAGCUUCUCUUCGUGCACCCACCCCCCGUACCCGAAGGCGAAGAGCCCAUCGACCCGCACGUGUUCAACCAGGAGCUGUACGACAUUGCCCAUCUCCCCGCAAGGCGCCAGGCGCUCCUCGCGAAGACGAUCGUGGACGUGGAGACCGGUGCCGAUGGCGACGCCGAAGCCGGUGCUGAACCUGAUAUCUCUUCUUUCCUGUCCAAGCCUGCCGACAACCAGCCAGGCCUACGGUCUCGCAACCUCGACAGCGGCUUCUUCGGCACCGGGACCGGUCCCUCUGCCGGUCGUAUCAGCAUGCCCUUUAACCACAAGUACACCGAGCAAGGUCAACAGAUUCGUCAGAAUCUCACCGGCCGGAAAGAGCGCAUGAUGAUCGCUCUCGAACGCGGCGUGGAUGUCUCCGAGGUUCGGGAUUCGGCCGCCGGGUCCAAGAAGCACUUCAAGGGUAACAAGCGCCGGGCCAAGGCCAAGCGUAACAACGGCGAGGAGACGGAGGACUUCUACUAA